AUGAGUAAGGCUGUAAAAUCCAUACUAUUCUCGCCGAUCACCAUAAGAGGGGUGACCCUCCGGAACAGGAUCUGUGUGUCGCCAAUGUGUCAGUACUCGGCCGACGAGGGACUCGUCAACGACUGGCACCUCGUGAACGCCGGUUCGUUCGCGACGGGCGGCGCCGGUAUGGUUAUGAUCGAGGCUACCGGCGUGGAGGCCAGGGGUCGAAUCAGCCCCGGGUGUCCCGGCCUGUGGACGGACACUCAGAUCGAGCCCAUGGCCCGCAUUAGUCGGUUCCUGAAAUCGCAGGGCGCGGUACCGGGCAUUCAGUUGGCACAUGGAGGACGUAAGGCAUCGACGUUACCGCCAUUUGUCGGACACGACUCGAUAGGUGACGAUAAGGGCGGGUGGCCUACCAUUGGACCCUCGGCUAUAGCUUUUGGAGGGCCAAUAGGGAAGGUUCCCAAAGAGGCCACUAUUGAUGAUAUCGAGGAGAUUAAGGAGGCGUGGGUUAGGGCGGCGCAAAGGGCGGUGACCGCCGGGUUUGAGGUGGGUCAUAUAUUAGUGAUCGAGCUACACUUCGCGCAUGGUUACCUGGUCAGCACGUUUCUAUCCCCGGCCACCAACAAACGCACCGACAAAUACGGGGGUAGUCUUGAAAACCGGAUGCGAUUUGGUCUCGAAAUAGCCCGCAAUAUACGGCACACCCUACCCGACAACAUCGCACUGGGAGUCCGAGUGUCGGUCACCGACUACGCUGACCAGGGCUGGGAUGUGCCACAAACCAUCGAGUUUGCCCGCGAACUCAAAGCCCUGGGUAUAGACUUUCUAGACUGUAGUUCCGGUGGAGUGGUCGGUGGCGUCGACUAUAACCCCCUCAACACUAAUAAGAUCCAGAUCGAGAUCGCCGGUACUAUACAGCGGGAAGUGGGAUUGGCCACGGCGGCUGUGGGCAAAAUAGUCGACCCCCACGUGGCUGAGGCUAUAUUGCAGGGUAACGGCGCGACACUGAUAUUCAUGGGCCGGGCGUUCUUGAAUAACCCCCACUGGCCUUAUAUAGCGGCCGAUCAGCUGACCGAUGAGCAGGCGUUUAAGUACCCGCCUCAGUAUGACUGGUGUAUCGGGUGGAAAGGGAUGGCGAAGUGGCGGAAAGCCGUGUUAUUGGCAGAGAAAUAG